GUUUCCGGUUGGUGUGAUGUUGGAAGGAUUGUGAAUUUGGGGCUGAAUUUUCUCAUAUUUUGGACAAACAUCCUCGUUUAAAUCCUCUAAACUUCAACACAGGAGUGACCGUGUGCAGCUCGAUGUGAGUCUGGCAGCUGUCCACCAUGAGUAACAGCCACCCUCUGCGUCCACUGGCCUCCGUGUCGGAGAUCGACCACAUCCACCUGUUGUCGGAGCAGCUGGGCGCCCUGGUGCUCGGAGAGGAGUACAGCGAUGUCACCUUCAUCGUGGAGGGGAAGCGCUUCCCUGCACACAGGGUCAUCCUGGCUGCUCGAUGCCACUACUUCAGGGCCCUGCUGUACGGCGGGAUGAAAGAGUCCCAGCCCCAGGCGGAGGUGUGUCUGGAAGAGACGCGGACCGAAGCCUUCUCCAUGCUGCUCCACUACCUGUACACGGGCCGGGCCAGCCUCAGCUCGGCCCGCGAGGAGGUUCUGCUGGACUUCCUGGGCCUGGCGCACCGCUACGGCCUCCAGCCACUAGAGGACUCCACCUCCGAGUUCCUCCGCACCAUCCUGCACAUCAACAACGUCUGCCCGGUGUUCGAUGUGGCCAGCCUUUAUUCUCUGAGUGCUCUCAGUGCCGCCUGCUGCGCCUUCAUGGACCGACACGCACCCGAAGUGCUGAACUCUGACAGCUUCCUCCUGCUCUCCAAGACGGCCCUGCUGACGGUGGUGAGCCGGGACUCGUUUGCUGCCACAGAGAAGGAGAUCUUCCUGGCGUUGAGUCGUUGGUGCCGGCAGCACGAGGAAGGCGUGGACACCCAGGAAGUGAUGGCGGCGGUGCGGCUGCCGCUCAUGACUCUGACCGAGAUGCUGAACACGGUGCGACCGUCAUGUCUGCUGAGCCCCGACGACCUGCUGGACGCCAUCAAGACCCGGUCAGAGAGCCGCAACAUGGACCUGAACUACCGCGGCAUGCUCAUCCCCGAGGAGAACAUAGCCACCAUGAAGUACGGCGCUCAGGUGGUGAAAGGCGAGCUGAAGUCCGCUCUGCUGGACGGAGACACCCAGAACUACGACCUGGACCACGGCUUCUCCAGACAUCCCAUCGAGGACGACUGCCGUGCCGGGAUCCAGGUCAAACUGGGCCAGUCGUCCAUCGUCAACCACAUGCGCCUGCUGCUGUGGGACAGAGACAGCCGGUCCUACUCCUACUACAUCGAGGUGUCUAUGGAUGAGCUGGACUGGAUUCGUGUUGUUGAUCAUUCAAAGUUCCUCUGUCGCUCCUGGCAGAAUCUAUUCUUCACACCACGAGUUUGCAGGUACGUUCGCAUUGUGGGAACUCACAACACGGUCAACAAGGUCUUCCACCUCGUGGCUUUUGAGUGCAUGUUCACCAACCGCUCAUUUACCCUGGAUAACGGCCUUCUGGUGCCGAGUGAGAACGUGGCGACCAUCGCAUCGUGUGCCAGCGUCAUCGAGGGAGUGAGCCGCAGCAGAAAUGCCUUGCUCAACGGUGACACGCGCAACUACGACUGGGACUCGGGCUACACCUGCCACCAGCUGGGCUCCGGAGCCAUCGUCAUCCAACUCGCUCAGCCAUACAGCAUCGGAUCACUCAGGCUGCUGCUGUGGGAUUGUGACGAGCGCUCCUACAGUUAUUACAUCGAGGUCUCCGCCACCCAGCAGCAGUGGACCAAGGUGGUGGAUCGAACCAGGGCGGCAUGUCGGUCAUGGCAGACGUUGAAGUUUGAUAAGCAGCCGGCUUCCUUCAUCCGUAUUGUCGGGACUCACAACACUGCUAACGAGGUGUUCCACUGCGUUCACUUUGAGUCUCCGGCCCAGUUGGACACAGACGUGAAUGAAGGCAGCCCGGGUUUGGACGCCUCGGAUCCUGACUCCGCCUCUCCUCAGACGCGACCCCAGCGACCUUCACGCACACACAGCCUGCAGUCCUCCCAGCCCUCCCACCCCUCCCAUCCCUCUUCCUCCUCCUCAUCUUCCUCCCAGUCCCACCAUUAAAACCUGGGCCUAUCGUCGGGAAAGUGUUGAGAGGACGGGAGAAAAAACCUCACCUCAGAAUGCCAUUUUUGCACAGCCUUCAUCACCCAGACUGCACUGCUACAGCGCUGCUUAAGGCGAUCGUCUCAUUGUCAUUACCCAUGAUCCUUCUGUCGUUAGUGCAACAUUAGAGACUGGUGUAUCUGUAGCAGCAGCAGCAGCAGCAGCAGCGUUUAGGGCUCCAGUCUUUCCAGUUCUGAAACAGAAGGUUAGGCGUUACAUCUUUGCUCAAACAUUUUCGUGAAGGUACUCUGUAGCUGCAAAUUCUUUCCUUGAAAAAGUGAGAUCUUUUACUUCUCCAAAGACCAGGCUCACACGGAGACGUGGUCGUUCUGCACCACCAAAGAGCGUCAGAACAGUAUUGGAAGGGAAGGGUUGCUAUCUGAAUUUUACGAGCAAAUAUUCCCCAAAAGAGAUGGAUUUUUUUUCCAUAAACAAGCUAUUUUUUUAAGAAAACUGUCUUAAAGCGACUACUCACUUUUCAUACCAUCGAGCUAACAGAGUAGCAGUCGAGUAUUUUUCAAAGUUUGGAAUUAAAUCGUUCAAAUGUUUGCCAAAGCUUUGGAGCUAAUGCACUCUGUGGCAUUUGUAUGCAAUUUGCACUUAAUCCAAUUAUGCAUUUGCAUAGUAAGUAAUCACUGUUAAGUAUUUGCUGAAAGGCUUUCACACCCGGACACAAAGUCUCUGGUCCUGAUCUGGUGUGACUCUUUUGAUAAUUAAAAUUCAUACGUCAAGAAAAACCUCACUUUAACUAAAUUGAGUUCAGCGUCUGGAUUUAGUAUUUUAAGCACUUGGAAUAGCUUAGCACAAAUGAUUAGGACAUUAAUUAGGCUGCAAAAAUUGGGUUUGAGUGGUUCGGACCAAAUUGUGUAUGCACUAGUGCUGCUAGGAAGAAGGUUUCUAUUCAGUAGAUACACGAGCAGCUGCUAUCGGCACUUUAUUUUACUCGAGUACUCAGAAAUAAAGGUUGCAGCUUGGCUCCUCCGACUGAAGUUCAGUACUGGAGUGCUGGAUUUCUGUUUGUAUGUUGAUUUUAUUUAAACACUCGCGCUGUCUUUUGUGUGUGUUUUUUUUCUUGAGUUUUGUUUUUAAAUUAAGCUAUCAGUGCUGUGGUUUGUUUAUUGUGUGUCCUGAUGUUGCACUUAUGAGUUGUUCGUCUUGCAGAACUCCUUUUUUAUUGGAUGUGAAUAGCCUGUCCCACCGAUGUUUCUAUACGCCUUCUUAAAUCAUCGCCAUCUACAUUUUAGAAGAGCACCCGUAGUUUGAUAAAGUCUUCCUUAAUAACCGACCGGAGAACUGAAAAAGGGUUUGUUCAGGUUAAUGUAGAAAAACACACUCCCCACCCCCCCCAUCUACCUAUGUUUGUGUAUAGUUUUACUUAAUAUAUAUAUUAGUUUUGACUAUUGAUGUGUGAUUGCAUUUCACUGCCUCUUGUUCGAUACAUUGCCUGUCAAAAAUGUGAUUAUGGAAACAACUGACAUUGUUCAUUGCUGACACCCGUCUGCUUUUUCCUGCUGUUGAACUCAGCGGAGCUCUUUGAUACAAGCAAUACAUUGAUGUGUAUCUUCUGUUACAGACCAACAGUGAUCAGUCGACAUGUGUUCAUCAUGCUAUAGGCACUGAUGCCCCGGCAGCUCUCUAGAAAAUGUUUGAUGUGUAAUGCUGGCUAAGGAGCUGUUUUACUGUCAUGAAACAUUUAAAAAAACAUCUAAUUUUGAA